UAGAAGAAACAUCAACAAGAAAUGCGAAAGUUCAUGCGGACUGUCACUUCGAAUCGGUCGUCUCAGUAAGAGGGAUGGGAGUCCUACCAGGGAGAAGCCUUUUAUCUUUACUUUUCUUCAUUAUUCUCUUGUUGGAGGGACAUUUUCGAUGGGUUGAGGCCCAGCACUGUGUGUGGUAUGGCGAGUGUGGGGAGUCCGCAAAGGUGCCCGGAAAGAAAUACAACUGCAACGACACUGGUCCUCCCAAACCACUGGAGCACGAGGGUUACGAACUUCUCACGGAGCUUUGUCCUGGAUAUGACUAUGACAACCGAAGCCUCUGCUGUGAUAUUAACCAGCUGAACACUCUCAAAGGAAGUCUCCAGCUGCCCCUUCAGUUCCUGUCUCGUUGUCCCGCCUGUUUCUUCAACCUGAUGAACCUCUUCUGUGAGCUGACAUGCAGCCCUCACCAGAGUCAGUUCAUGAACGCCACCAAGAUCGAAGAAGGCAACGUGGUGGAAGUGCAGUACUACAUUGGACAGACAUUUGCUAAUUCCAUGUACAAUGCCUGUAAGGACGUCCAGGCACCAUCCAGCAACGUGAAGGCCUUAUCACUGCUGUGUGGGAAGGACGCAAAGGACUGCAAUGCUACCAACUGGAUCCAGUAUAUGUUUGAUAUCAACAAUGGACAGACUCCCUUUCCUAUCCUCCCAAUAUUCACAGACGCCCCUGUGUCUGGUUAUACUCCCAUGAACAACAAGACGUUCGCCUGCACAGAGGGCCUGGAUGACGGGUCGGGCCCCUGCUCCUGUCAGGACUGCACAAAUGCUUGUGGGCCCAGACCUGUUCCUCCCCCCCUCCCCCCUCCCUGGCUGAUCCUUGGUAUGGACGCUAUGACCGUCAUCAUGUGGCUCUCAUACAUGGCCUUCCUGCUUGUCUUUAUCGGAGCUGUAAUAGGAGCCUGGUGUUACCGGAAAAGGACUGUCCUUUCUGAAUAUGGCCCCAUAUUGGACAGCAAUAACCCUUUGUCUCUCAACGGGGACAAUCCUGAACAAGUAAAUGCAUCAUGCUGCGAAACUUUGGGUGAACGCUUCGAGAACUCUCUGCGGACCCUCUUCACCUCCUGGGGCUCCUUCUGCGUGCGGUACCCCUCUGUGGUCAUUCUGGGGACCCUGAUACUAGUGGUGGCCUGCUCUGGGGGCCUGAUCUACAUGCGCAUCACCACAGACCCUGUGGAGCUGUGGUCGUCUCCGAGCAGCCAGGCCCGGCAGGAGAAGGACUACUUUGACAGCCACUUCGGACCCUUUUUCAGAACAGUGCAGCUCAUCAUAACCACUCCAAUCGUGGACCCUUUUAACUACUCUCCAUACUUUGGAGGAUCUGAUGUCCCAUUCGGAGCCAUCCUUCGUAAAGACAUCCUGCACCAGGUGCUGGAUCUGCAGCUCCAGAUAGAAGACAUCGUAGCCACAUACGAGGGCCAAGACGUCACUUUAAUGGACAUCUGCUUGGCUCCGCUGGCUCCGUACAAUAACAACUGCACCAUCUUGAGUGUCCUCAACUACUUCCAGAACAGCCAUGAUGUGCUGGACCACCUCAUAGGAGACGACUUCUAUGUCUAUGCUGACUUUCACAGCCACUUCCUCUACUGUGUCAGUGCACCUGCAUCCCUCAAUGACACCACUCUCCUCCACGACCCGUGUUUAGGAACCUACGGUGGGCCCAUCUUCCCUUGGCUUGCCCUUGGGGGUUACGAUGAAACCAACUACAACAACGCCACUGCUCUUGUGAUCACCUUCCCCCUCAACAACUACCUGAAUGACACAGUGAGGCUGGGCAAAGCUCGCGCAUGGGAGAAAGAGUUCAUCGAUUUCAUGAAGAACUUUAAAAAUCCCAACCUCACCAUAGCCUUCAGUGCUGAGAGGAGUAUUGAAGACGAGAUAAACAGAGAGAGCAACAGUGACAUCAGCACCAUAGUAGUCAGCUAUGCCAUUAUGUUCAUCUACAUCUCCCUGGCCUUGGGGCACAUCCACAGCAUUAGGAGAGUGAUGGUGGACUCUAAGAUUUCUCUGGGUAUCUCGGGGAUCCUGAUUGUGCUCAGCUCUGUGUCCUCCUCACUGGGGCUCUUCAGCUAUUUUGGCAUCCCCCUCACCCUCAUUGUGAUCGAGGUCAUUCCUUUCCUGGUGCUGGCUGUUGGAGUGGACAACAUCUUUAUUAUAGUGCAGACAUAUCAGAGGGAUGAGCGGAUGCCUCAUGAGGAACUUCACCAGCAGAUCGGUCGUAUCCUUGGAGACGUAGCCCCCAGCAUGCUCCUCUCCUCCUUCUCGGAGACAGUGGCCUUUUUCUUGGGCGCCCUGUCCAACAUGCCCGCAGUGAGGACUUUCUCCAUGUUUGCUGGCUUGGCUGUUUUUAUUGAUUUCCUGUUGCAGAUGAGCUGCUUCGUCAGCUUGCUGGGCCUGGACGCCAGGAGACAGGAGGCGAAUCGACUCGACAUCUUUUGCUGUGCGAAGCUGCCGGAGGGACAGCAAGCAAAGACGGAUAGCUACCUCUUCAGAUUCUUCAAGAAAAUCUUUGCCCCAUUCAUCCUCAAAGAGUGGUUGCGCCCGAUCAUAGUGGCAGUGUUUGUGGGAAUGCUCUCCUUCAGUAUUGCUGUGGUGAAUAAAGUAGAGCUCGGACUGGACCAGAAGCUCUCCAUGCCUGACGACUCUUAUGUGAUGGACUACUUCAAGAACCUCAGCAUGUAUCUGCACACGGGAGCUCCGGUGUACUUUGUGGUAGAGGACGGUCUCAACUACAGCAGUCGAGAGGGGCAGAACGCCGUGUGUGGGGGGGUCGGCUGCAGAAACGACUCUCUCGUCCAGCAGGUCUACUCCGCCUCGCUCAUCAGCAACUACACAACCAUUGCCUUCACUCCGUCCUCUUGGCUCGAUGAUUACUUCGACUGGGUGAAGCCGCAGUCCACCUGCUGUCGAUUCUACAACUCCAGCGGGGAUUUCUGCAAUGCCUCUGUGGUUAACCCCUCGUGUGUUCACUGCCGGCCCAUGACUCCCGACGGAAAGCAGAGGCCAGAAGGAGAGGACUUCAUGCAGUUUCUGCCCAUGUUUCUGUCAGACAAUCCAAACAUCAAGUGUGGAAAAGGAGGCCAUGCAGCCUACGCCUCAGCAGUGGACCUGUACCCCGACCACACCGGGGUGGGGGCCAAUUACUUCAUGACGUACCACACCAUCCUGAAGGAGUCCCCAGACUACAUAGAAGCUUUAAAAAUGGCUCGAAUACUGGCUGCUAACAUCAGUCAAGCCAUCGACCACAAAGUGUUUGCCUACAGCAUCUUCUACGUGUUUUACGAGCAGUACCUCACCAUCGCGUAUGACACCGCUCUGAACCUGAGCGUGUCGCUGGCGUCCAUCUUUGUGGUGAGCACGGUGUUGCUGGGCUUCGAGCUGUGGUCGGCGGUGAUCGUCUGCAUCACCAUCGCCAUGAUCCUGGUCAACAUGUUCGGGGUCAUGUGGCUGUGGGGAAUCAGCCUCAACGCAAUAUCCCUGGUGAACCUGGUCAUGUGCUGUGGGAUCUCGGUGGAGUUCUGCAGUCAUAUUGUGCGAGCGUUUUCCAUCAGUGUGAAGAAGAACAGAGUGGAGCGGGCUGAGGAGGCGCUGGCUCACAUGGGCAGCUCGGUCUUCAGUGGGAUCACAUUAACAAAGUUUGGAGGAAUCCUUAUCCUGGCUCUUUCCAAGUCGCAGAUCUUCCAGGUCUUCUACUUCAGGAUGUACUUGGCCAUCGUGUUGCUAGGGGCGACGCACGGCCUAAUCUUCCUCCCUGUACUGCUCAGUUAUAUCGGUCCUUCAGUGAACAAAGCCAAGGUGUUAGCUGCUAACAGCCGCUACGCUGGAACAGAAAGGGAGCGCCUGCUCAACUACUAACAGUCCGUUUGGGACAAUGAACAAUGUACUGUUUGACUGUGUGGGUGUGAGCGCGAGGCGUUUCUGAGAUAACUGACACACUCAUCAUCGUUGCCACUACUAUGCACGGACUGAACUCAGGAAUAUUCUUGGGGAUAGGAAUGCCAGAGGCCUCUUCCAAAUGUAUUGAUUUUCCUCAGAAGACUUUGGACUCUCCUCACACUACAGGACAAGCCCGGCUUCAGCAUUUGAAGCGCGAGCAACAUACCACUGAGCAAAGAAAACGCCACUUUGACAGCGUGGACAUAGGAGACCCCCCCCCCCAACAUCAGUUAUAGACCAACCCUCAGUCACCCCCAUAUGCUAUGAGCUUCAUUUGGAAAUAAGCUCUAAAGGGUGAAACUGGACAGUUUUUUUUCAUGUUUUUAACCAGUAAUUUGUGUUUUUAGGAUAUCAUUUUGAAAAGUUUACUUAUGGGGAACUAUUUAAUACUAGGAACCAUACACUGAAUCGAACCAUGCACACAGUGGAGCCAACAAAUAAGAAUAGUUAUAUCACAGGCCCUUAUAAUACCUGGCUUUUACAUCAUAUACUGUGUCUACAUACUGUAUUAGCUUGUUUUAACAUUUCCUCUAGCAAUAAUCCGGUUCAUUUAUACCAAACACUGGAUUUAAAAGGAAAUCUGAAGUUAAAGAGCUGACUUUUAGCUGAAAGGACUUUUGGAGGUGUUUACAUCCCUGUUGGGAGAGCAGUGAAGGAAUUGUAGCCCCCUCUUACCUUUUGGGAGGAUAUAAAACAUAUAAAAAGGCUAAAGCUCAACAUGGAUGUGGACGCUAACACCUUCAAAAUUAAAACCUCAAAGUAGUUGUUUCAUUUUAAGUCAGUGUCAAGAUCCUGGUAUGCAGAGCCAACACGAAUCAGUCCAAGUACGUGUUGCUCUCCAAACGGCAUCCUGCCUGUACUUUUAUUUCCACAUUGGAAGGUAUUUACAUGAUCCGGUGCAACAUUUCAUUUUAAAGCUAGUUCCUGUUUCUUAAGUGUCCUUUUUAAAGUGUUUGCAUGACUAGAAGACCCUUUUAGGUGCUUUUACAGAAACCCCUGUGUGACAUCAGUCAUAAUUCAUGUUGAUGCUAGCUAACAAGGGCAAUUCACGGUUUUAGAUUUACAUUUAAAAUACUCAUUUUGAAGUUACUGAACAAACAUGUGUUGCAUUAAGAGUUAAACUGUAAAUAUCUUACACAGGACUAAUUCAAAGGUAUGCAUUGUCAUCUUGUUAAUACAGAAUUAAGUAGAACAACUGGAUAAUGGUACAGUCCUGACUUUUUCAUUCCAACAUAUAAGUUAUUGUUUUAUUUUGUUAACUUUUAAUUUGUUGUUACCAUGCAAAGUUGUCUUGUACCCCUUCCACUGACCUUUGACCUCUGUUUUUAAGGAAAAGAAAACUAUAACAUCCCAGAACCAGAAUCUGAGAUUUAGCUCGUCGAGAUGAACCCUCUUCAUGGAGAAUAGGGUUGUAAACAUUUGGAAGAGGAUUAUAGAAUUUUAUAUAGAAGGUGUAAAAGAUGUGCGGGGAUUUAAAAGGAACAGUAUCAUUCCUUGUUUUAAUUUUUUUCCCGCCGUUUGUUUUAUAUGAUGCAGUGUUUUUUGGAAUGUAAGAAAGUGGAUUAAAUUUGUGAGCAACCGACUGAGAAUGUUUUAACAUGAAUAACGAAUAAUUAUGCUUGUUAACAGUGCUGUGCAUUGAAAAAUCUUUUUUUUUAAUACUUUAGUUUUUAACAGUUUUAACACAUAAUAAAUAGUUCUCAGAAAAGCA